AUGAGAGCCAUACGUCGAUACAGUGUUAUGGCACUUCCUGUUUCACGUACAUAUUAUUAUGGCGCAAUGUCUUCCAGCAGUCUGUUUGUACGAAGGGGUUCUGGUGAAGACCAGACUAUUUUGGGAUCAACCGUGUCGCAAUGCACUUUGGCAUCACAAAUGAAAUUCGUCAGAAAGGUUUAUGGUAUCGCUCUUGUUCAGUUGGUUGCACUAGGACUUUUAUCUGUCUUUUUAUCUUAUCUUUCAUUUUUCACUGGUUGGCUAGAAGCAAGUAAAUAUGGCUGGUUACUUCUAUUGCUACCGGUUUGUAUAUUCCAGAUUUUUGGCAUGUGGUGGCUGUGGGGAAACUAUUUUCAGAUGUCUCGAACAAGUCAGGCUGUUUUUCUUGUGGUUGCUUCAAUACUGACCACAUUUAUCCUGUCUGUACUGAAAUGUUUGACAGGAAUAAAAAAAAACCCCUCUAUAAUGGCUAUCGUCUCUUUGUGGCUACAUCAACUGCUUGAACUGGAUUUUGGCGAGAUAGUCUGGCCACUCUUGAUAUCAUGUGUACUAUGUACUUAUUUAAUCCUUGAUCUCUAUUACCUUGUUGGGUACCUGACCCCAAAGGACUAUAUAUUGGCCAACAUGUGUCUCUAUAUAGAUCUGAUGGUUCCGUUCCGAUGCGUACACAAUCUUUGUGAGCUCACAGAUCAUAUCACUCUGUUUUCUGAUAUAUUUAAUCCAUCCCGUAAUGAAAUAUAA